AUGGGGGAGAAGAAGCAUAGUGAGAAUGGCAACGAUAGAAACACUCAAAUCAACGGAGUGAUGAUCACAGUCUACGUCGAAUCAUCAACGACCCGAUCACGAAAGCAAUCGGAUCCCGCGAAGAAAUCAAAGCGACGCCCACAAAUCAAAAGGUCGCGAACUUCACAAUCGCAAGGCUACGAUCGUCGGGCUCUGCUACUUGCCUAUUCGAGACAGCUAAGAAAUGCGGGAUCGGAAUGCCGAGAUGUUCGAGUGCCCUCAACACAAAAAUCGAGGCAUAAAAGCAAGGAGGAGAAUUGCUCGUGGUUUCAAUUCUGCCCCCCGUCGUCGCGAAUGCUCCGGCGUUCCAAUGGCCGGUGGACAUACGAUCGCGUGCCGUUCGUUGAGAAGGAAGAAUUGAACCAAUCGAGGAAGAAAAAGUCCAACGGAAUAACCAAUUCUCCGUUUCUGAGAAAAUUGAAGGGCAUGCUGAAAGAGAUGUCAUGCAAGAAAAUAACGUUAUAA